AUGGCAGGGAGCGUGGCCCUGGCACUGCUGCUGCCACUCCUGCUGUGCGGGAUCCACGGACACCCCGUCCCCGGCGCCAAGGCCUUCAACAAGCUGCUGCUCAUCUCCUUCGACGGCUUCCGCUGGGACUAUGACCAGGACGUGGACACCCCCCACCUGGACCAGCUGGCACAGGACGGCGUGAAGGCCAAGUUCCUCACGCCGCCCUUCGUCACCAUGACCUCCCCAUCCCACUUCACCACCAUCUCGGGCCGCUGGAUCGAAGACCACGGAGUCAUCCACAACAUGAUGUUUGACACAGAGACGGGCAAGAAGCACAACUUCCAGACCACGCAGAGAAAGAACGAGUGGUGGGACAAUGGGCUUCUGCCCCUCUGGAUCACGGCCCAGAGACAGGGGAGGAAGUCGGCCUCGUUCCACUACCCCGGAGGGGCCUCAACGUACCAGGGCCAGGCAGUGUAUCGGACCGUGAUAGAGCCCUACUUUCACCCCAAUGGAAACGAGACCGAGUGGCGGGAGAACAUCGACAUCGUCCUGGACUGGUUCACCCGCGAAGCCUUCGACUUUGUGACCCUGUACUACGGCGAGCCGGACAACGUGGGCCACAGUGUGGGGCCCGAGACAGAGGAGCGGAGGACCAUCAUACGGCAGAUCGACAGGACUGUUGGGUACCUGCGGGAAGCCAUCCAGAGACACAACCUGACCCACAGCCUCAACGUCAUCAUCACCUCGGACCAUGGUAUGACCACCAUCAAGCAGCAGCCCAACAUCACCGAGAUCCUCUUGUCCAAAUACAUCAAUUUUGGGGAUCUGGUUAAGUUCCACAUCGUGGACUACGGCGGCUUUGGGAUGCUCCUGCCCAAGCCGGGGAAGGAGGAGUCCGUGUACCAGGCGCUCAAGAAUGCACACCCCCACCUCCACGUCUACCGGAAGGACGAGUUUCCCGAGCGCUUCCAUUACGCCAAACACGAGCGGGUCCUGCCCAUCCUGCUGUACGCCGACCUUGGGUACCACAUCAGUGCGAGAUUAGUCAUUCAUUUCAACAAAGGCGAUCACGGCUUUGAUAACGACUACAUGGACAUGAAGACUAUCUUUAGAGCCUUCGGACCAGAUUUCAAGAAGAAUUACCUGGCGGAGGGUUUUGACAGCAUCCAUAUCUACCCACUCAUGUGCAAGCUCCUGGGGGUGACCCCUGAGCCCCACAACGGGUCCCUGGCCAUCACCCAGGCGAUGCUCUCGGACUCCUUCAUCCAGCAGACAGGUGAGACACCAACGCGGCCACCAGAAAUUGGCCCGGGGUCAACAGGGACGCUGACGGGAUCUCUCCUCAGGAACAUCGCCAUCGGCCUCGGGACAGUGAUGGGCGUGCUCGUAGUUCUGUUUAUUGCUGCAGUGUCAUACACGGCUGUUCAGCGGAAAAAGAUGUAA